UUAGCGGGCCCCUGCGCAGUUUUCCUUCCAAGGCCGCCGACCCCGCCCGCCGGCUUGCCAACCUGCCCGCCCCGCUCCGCGCCACGCAGGAGAAGGCGCCCGGGGACGCCGAGCGAGCGGCCGAGAGGAGCGCGGCCCGGGCCAGCUCCGGCGCUAGCGCUGCGGCUCGUAGCGGAGGACUACAGCGACAAGGACGAGGGCCCGCUCGCCGUCCUCCCUGCGUGCGCCGCCGCUCCUUGCGGCUGGCCGGCCCUCGGGAGUGCCGGCGAGGAAGAGAUAUUGGAGUAAUGAUGAUUGUGGAUUCUUCUGUGGGAUUAGAAGCCACGCCUAUUGUGAUUGGAAAACUCCGGGAAUAACAGCAGACAUGGAUGAACAGGCUCUUUUAGGGCUAAAUCCAAAUGCUGAUUCCGACUUUAGACAGAGGGCCCUGGCUUAUUUUGAGCAGUUAAAGAUUUCUCCGGAUGCUUGGCAGGUGUGCGCGGAGGCUCUGGCGCAGAAGACGCACAGUGAUGAUCACAUAAAGUUUUUCUGCUUCCAAGUAUUAGAACAUCAAGUUAAAUACAAGUACUCAGAACUCAGCACAGCUCAGCAGCAGCUGAUCAGGGAGACGCUCCUGUCAUGGCUUCAGGCUCAGAUGCUGAAUCCCCAACCAGAGAAGACCUUUAUACGAAACAAAGCAGCCCAAGUGUUCGCCUUGCUUUUUGUUACAGAGUAUCUCACUAAAUGGCCCAAGUUUUUUUUUGACAUUCUCUCAGUUGUGGACCUAAACCCAAGGGGCGUGGAUCUGUAUCUGCGCAUCCUCAUGGCCAUUGAUUCAGAGUUGGUGGACCGUGAUGUAGUUCAUACAUCAGAGGAGGCUCGCAGGAAUACUCUGAUAAAAGAUACCAUGAGAGAACAGUGCAUUCCAAAUCUGGUGGAGUCGUGGUACCAGAUUCUACACAAUUACCAGUUCACCAACUCAGAAGUGCUGUGCCAGUGCCUGGAGGUAGUGGGGGCUUACGUCUCGUGGAUAGACUUGUCCCUCAUAGCCAAUGAUAGGUUUAUAAAUAUGCUGCUAAGUCACAUGUCAGUAGAAGUUCUACGGGAGGAGGCGUGCGACUGUUUAUUUGAAAUCGUGAAUAAAGGGAUGGACCCUGUGGAGAAGAUGAAACUGGUAGAGUCCUUGUGUCAAGUGUUGCAGACUGCCGGGUUUUUCAGCAUUGACCAGGAAGAAGAUUUGGACUUCGUGGCCAGGUUUUCUAAGCUGGUAAAUGGAAUGGGACAGUCCUUAAUAGUUAGCUGGACUAAAUUAAUUAAGAAUGGGGCUGUCAAGAAUGCUCAAGAGGCACUCGAAGCUAUUGAGACAAAAGUUCCACUUAUGUUACAGCUGCUAGUUCAUGAGGAUGAUGAUAUUUCCUCCAACAUUAUUGGAUUUUGUUACGAUUAUCUGCAUAUUUUGAAACAGCUUUCAGUGCUCUCAGAUCAGCAAAAAGCUAAUAUAGAGGCAAUCAUGUUGGCCGUUAUGAAAAAAUUGACUUAUGAUGAAGAAUAUAACUUUGAAAAUGAAGGUGAAGAUGAAGCCAUGUUUGUAGAGUACAGAAAACAGCUGAAGUUGCUGUUGGACAGACUCGCUCAGGUGUCCCCGGAGCUAGUGCUGGCUUCUGUUCGCAGAGUGCUGAGUGCCACACUGCAGAACUGGCAGACUACACGCUUCAUGGAGGUUGAGGUGGCAGUAAGAUUGCUGUACAUGCUGGCAGAAGCUCUCCCAGUGUCACAUGGUGCUCACUUCUCAGGUGACGUUUCAAAAGCUAGUGCUUUGCAGGACAUGAUGCGAACGUUGGUGACAUCAGGUGUCAGCUCCUAUCAGCACACGUCCGUGACUCUGGAGUUCUUUGAAACUGUUGUUCGAUAUGAGAAGUUUUUCACUGUUGAACCUCAGCACAUUCCGUGUGUACUAAUGGCUUUCUUAGACCACAGGGGUCUGUGGCAUUCCAGUGCUAAAGUCCGGAGCAGAACUGCCUACCUGUUUUCUAGAUUUGUCAAAUCUCUCAAUAAACAAAUGAACCCUUUCAUUGAGGAUAUUUUGAAUAGAAUACAAGACUUAUUAACCCUUUCUCCACCUGAGAAUGGUUACCAGUCCUUGCUGAGCAGUGACGACCAACUCUUCAUUUACGAAGCAGCGGGCGCACUGAUUGUUAGCAGUGACUACCCAGCAGAGAACAAGCGGGCCUUGAUGAAGGACCUCCUGACGCCGCUGAUGGAGAGGUUCAAGGUUCUCUUGGAAAAACUGAUGAUGGCUCAAGAUGAAGAGAGGCAAGCGUCUCUUGCAGAUAGUCUCAGCCAUGCAGUGGGAUUUGCCAGUCGAACCAGCAAGGCUUUCAGCAACAAGCAGACUGUGAAGCAGUGCGGCUGCUCCGAGGUUUACCUGGACUGUCUGCAGACGUUCUUGCCGGCGCUCAGCUGCCCGCUACAGAAGGACACUCUGCGGAGCGGGGUCCGUACUUUCCUCCAUCGCAUGAUCAUUUGCCUGGAGGAGGAGGUUCUUCCCUUCAUCCCGUCUGCCUCAGAGCACAUGCUCAAAGACUGCGAAGCCAAAGACCUGCAGGAAUUCAUUCCACUCAUCAACCAGAUUACAGCCAAGUUUAAGAUUCAGGUGUCCCCAUUUUUACAGCAGAUGUUCAUGCCCCUGCUUCAUGCCAUUUUUGAAGUGCUGCUGCGACCCGCAGAAGACAACGACCAGUCCGCUGCGCUGGAGAAGCAGAUGCUGAGGAGGAGCUACUUCGCCUUCCUGCAAACAGUCACUGGCAGUGGAAUGAGCGAAGUGAUCGCCAAUCAAGGUGCAGAGAAUGUAGAACGUGUGCUGGUUACCGUUAUCCAAGGAGCCGUUGAGUAUCCAGAUCCGAUUGCACAGAAAACAUGUUUUAUCAUUCUCUCAAAGCUAGUGGAGCUCUGGGGAGGCAAAGAUGGACCAGUGGGAUUUGCUGACUUUGUUUAUAAACACAUUGUCCCUGCAUGUUUCCUGGCCCCUCUGAAGCAGACCUUUGACCUGGCUGAUGCGCAGACUGUGUUGGCGCUUUCUGAGUGUGCUGUGACUCUGAAAACAAUUCAUCUCAAACGGGGCCCUGAAUGUGUGCAGUACCUUCAACAAGAGUACCUGCCCUCCUUACAAGUCGCUCCAGAAAUAAUUCAGGAGUUCUGUCAAGCACUUCAGCAGCCUGAUGCUAAAGUUUUUAAAAAUUACCUAAAGGUGUUCUUCCAGAGAGCAAAGCCCUGAGGACUGGGUUUCCCUGUCCUGUGUCAUGACCAGGAGUUCCAGCUAAUAAUUUAUAAAGAAGCAGUUUUUGUGUGCCAUUCACAUUCGUCUUUUAACAUUGUUUUGGGCGUAUUGCUGUGAUGUGGGACUUUAUGUAAAUGGGUGUAAUUUUUCCCUAAAUGCAGGUAUGUGGCAAUUACCUGCAUGCCAAUUUAAACUGUUUAUAUAAGACAUAGCUUUAUCCUAGUACCUUAACUUUUUCUUUAUAUGAAACUCUAAAGUUCUUUAUAAAAAAAAACUAUAACAGUGGGAAACUGACUCUAACAAUUGAAUGUAAAGUUGGAAAUGUUCAGUUUUAUGUGUGGAGACACAAACUAUGGGGUAACAAUCAAAACGUAGUUUUUUUUCUGUAGAUAGCCAUUACAUUUCUUUAAACUGUCUCAAUGCCAGUGGGUAUUCUAUAAGAGAAUGGGUUCCUAAAUUAGUUGGUUUAAAAGUAGGUGCUGGUGUUACACAUUUUUUAUAAAAAAUAAAUUUUACAUAGUGAAAUAUACCAAGUCUUUUCCAGAAUUAUUAUAAAUAGCCUCAUUUUCCCAGCAUAAUCACUCUCUGAUUUCCCACCUAGAUGUUUGCAGACAUGAAUGUGGAUGCCUUACUUCAUUGACUGUAUCCUUAAAGGUCACUCAACGGAAGUCUGUUAAGUUAGUCUUUUAAAUGCACUAGAAACAGGCUCUGUGAAUCUAUGAUAGGAUUAUAAAUCCCAAUGUUUUUCUAUGAUAUUAGGUGUUCAUAGAGCAUAGUAAGUACACUUGGGUUUUUGUUUGUUUGUUUUUGCCUUGAGACAGGGUCUCGCUAUAUAGACCAGACUGGCUUCAAAUUCACAGAGAUCUGCCUGUCUCUGCCUCCUAGCUGCUGGGAUUAAAGUUGUGAACCACCAGGUCUGACCACUUGUGUGUUUGAUUUUGUAGUCAGUUACUGCUUAAUUACUACAGGUAUUGCUGUGUGCUACAGGAGAGGGCGAGGAGAAAAGUGGUGGGGACUGCAGGAGGGUGGGACAGAGGGACAGGACUGCAGUAGCACAGCUGCAGACCCUGAAGGCCUGCGUCUCACUCCCAAGCCCUCCCCAGCACCACAUAAAAGUAAAGGAGCAUCAGAGGUCCCAGGCCUUCCUCAGAUGCAUAGUGAGUUUGAGGCGAACCUGCCUAGAAUUGUAGUAAAUAAAAGCCUGCUGGCUUUGAGAGGGAGUUGUGAGUAUAUUUCUUAGUGGCAGAGUGCUCGCUUGAGGAUCUAGUACCACAGAACAGGGAGGAGACAAAAAGAUUUCAGGAGGGAUUUGUGUGUUUUCUAUGGAUUUGUGACCAUAGAUUCCCUAAAAUAUUUUUAAAACGUGUGAGUGUGUGUGUGUGUGUUCAUCUGUGUAUGGGGUGGGUGGGGUUGAUAAGAACCCUCUUUAUUGAGAGCGUCUUCCACUGAACCUGGAGCUGUUUAGCUAGGUUGGCUGGCCCACGAGACAGUCCUCAGCUCCCAGAGUUUAUGUGGGUGCUGGGGACCUAAAUUCAGGUUCUCAUUCUCAUUCAACCAUUUACCUGCUGAGCCCCCCCCCCUCCGAUUUUACUCUAAAUUGUGCACAAGAAUCUUUUUCUGAUUUAAGUUCACAAGAAAUAGCAUUUCCUACAUUAUAAAAUAAAGGCAGUAAAAUUGACAGCUAGGAAUAGUCUUUUAUUGAAUGAUAAAAAUAGAUAGUGAAGUGUAUAUAACACUUCAGGAAAUAAUGGAUUUUUAAAAAUGGGAAAGUGGGCCAGGUUUGGUGGCUCAUGCUUAUAAUCACAGCCUUUAGAGGAUGCUAGGGCCAGUCUGGGCUAGAGUGAGAUUUGGUUUCAAAAACAACAACAACAACAAAAAAAAAAGACCAAGACAAGCAAAACUAGGUGUUUCCUGCUGUUUUCCUGUGCACUCUGAGAUGCAGUGGCAUCUGUUGCAACAGUGUGAUUGUGCAAGGUGUUGUAGUUAGGAGCACCUCAGAGUAGUGAAGAUUUGUGUACUGUGGACUCGGGACCCAUGCACCACUCACACCAGUAACUGAUUUUAGGACCUUGAGCAAGUUAAAUGACUUCUUCCUGCCUUGGUUUCCCCCUCAGAAAUGGGGAAAAUAAUGGUAGCUACCUCAUAACUUGUUAAGAAUUCAAUGAGUUAAAACAUAGGUCUCAGUAUUAACUUGUAUUACUGUACUAUUGAACCCACACAUGGCUCUCUAAAGCCCUAAAAUAGAUUCACAUGUCUUUAGACCUAAGGAAUCAGAGUGUAUAAGUAAGGAACUUCAUGUCAAUGUAAUCAUGUAUAAGAAUGCUCAUCUUCAUUCCUUGAGGUUACUGCCAUGAUAGGAGACUGGUCCCAUCAUUCAGUAAGUACCUUAUUUUUAAAAGCAAGCACCCAAAUAAUUGUCUCAAGAGUGAAUCUCAUUUGUUACAGGUGAGAAGACAGGCGAAAAACAUACAGGGUUUUUUGGUGCCUGAUUUAUGGUCCUGUGCCUAACCGUUUGUUUCAGUCUCGAUGCUUGCUAAUGGGAUCACAGGUGGCUUGACUUUUUAAGAAAGUACUAUGUGGUAUUUUAAUGUGUAUCACUUAUGUGGUAAACAUGUGAAGUCCUUUGGCUUAUAUUUUCUCCAUAAUUUUUGAGCUGUGGGUUUUUCUGUUGGAAGAAACUUGGAUGCUCAUGUCAUCAGAACUGAAAUAGGUUUUAAUUGUAAGCAGACAGUGCAUUUGCUGUUAGAAUGAUUUCAUUGCCUAAACUGUUUAAAAUUCUAAUAAAAUAACUUUGUUUCUAAGAA